CAAGUACCUAACUAACUAGUUGCACAUACUGAAGCAACAAACACAUCUUGGAGAUGAUCCCGCGGUUUUGAUUACAAAUAGUACGAAACUAACCCAUAAGUUGAGCUUCUAUAAGAACUGUUUGCAUAAACAAAACAACAUUUCCAACAUUGAACAGUGGAUCUGCCUCAUUCCAGUUUCUCGUUUCGUUUCAUUUUCCCUCCCCCAGCCGACAGCCAAGCUGUUGAAGUUAUAAAGGUUCUCGAUGGCUCACGCAUCAGGUUCAUCGUCUUCACCUUCUGCCAGUGAAGGCGAGAAAGGCAGCAGCAGCAAAAUGAAGGCAGACGAUCAACAGAGCAUAGCCUCGUCAAUGGACGAGGAUCUAUAUGAGGAGAAGCAACCAAGAAGCUUUCCCCUCGUCAAAGAUAAAAAGGACCAAGAUCUAAAUAGUGCACCUGGUGUGCGGCCCUAUGCCCCCAAUGGCGACCUAUUGGACAGCCAGUCCCGUGCUCCCAGCCGGCACGACACAGAGGGUAUUCGAGAUGCCCCGGAUUUACAUUCUAUCCCUUCCAAUCGACUAUCGCGAGCCCUGAGCCGGACUGUGACGCGGUCUAGCUGGAGCCCUGGACCACCACCGGAUGGAGGUCUCGAGGCGUGGCUCGUCGUGCUGGGCGCCCACUGCGUCAACUUUAACUGUUGGGGAUUCAUCAAUUCAUUUGGAGUCUUCCAGCCCUACUACGUGGACCUCCUCGGCCGGUCGCAGUCGGAUGUUGCAUGGAUCGGAUCGACACAGACGUUCCUCGUCUUCUUCAUCGGGGCCUUUACCGGGCGGCUCACCGACAUGGGCUACUUUCGGCAUCUCUACAUCGCGGGCGUCACCUUCAUGUUGACGGGCAUCUUCAUGACGGCUCAAGGCACCCAGUACUGGCACUUUUUGCUCUCGCACGGCAUCUGCAUGGGGAUCGGGUACGGAUGCCUCUUUUGCCCGGUAGUCGCCGUCACGAGCACCUGGUUCUCCAAGAAGAGGGCGUUUGCCAUGGGCAUGGUGGCCUCCUCCACCGGCACCGGCGGCCUCGUCUUCCCCAUCAUGGUGCGGCAGCUCCUGCCGAUGGUGGGCUUCUCCUGGACGAUGCGCACCAUUGGCUUCGUGCAGAUGGCCUUGUUGUUUGUCUCUGGUUUCAUCGUCAAGACGAGGGUUCCUCCUAGGAAGCAGGGUUCGUUCCUGGAUUUAACUGCUUUCAAGGAGCUGCAGUACGCAUUUUAUGUUUUGGGGGCGUUCUUCUCUUUCUUGGGCGUCUUCGUCGUCUUCAUCUUUGUCGUUUCUUACAGCCAAGACAUCGUGGGGCUCUCGUAUACAGACGCACUCAACCUCAUGAUGGUGCUCAACGGCGCCGGCGUCCCCGGCCGAAUCGUACCAAACUACAUAGCCGACCGUGUCGGGGUUAUCAACAUGUUUAUAAUCUUUGCCAGCGUCUCGGGCAUCUGCGGUCUGUCCUGGAUGGCGGUCACGACGGUGCCGUCCAUUUACCCCUGGACCUUUUUCUUUGGCUUCUUCGCCGGCGGCAUACAGAGCCUCUUCCCCGCGGGCGCGUCUGCCUUGUCCCCUGACCUGCGCAAGAGGGGCGUGCGCAUCGGCAUGGUAUUUAGCUGCGUUAGCAUCGCGGCGCUGACGGGGUCGCCUAUAGCCGGAGCCCUCAUCUCAGCCAUGAAUGGGAGCUAUAUGGCUGCUCAGUUGUUUGUUGGGGGUUCGCUGUUGAUGGGUAGUGGGUUCCUUGUCGCGAGUAACAUCGUGGUCAGCAGGGAGUUGGGGAAUAUUGGAUGGCCAAAGGUGUGAAGAAGGAUUUGCACUCUCCCCAGCCGUUUGAUAUGCAUAUUCAGCAACCGGUCAUGGCACUCCUUCCUUCUUCCUAUUUUCCUUUGUUAUUUUAUUUUCAUUUUAUUUUUUUGUAAAUAAAAUAAGGUGCUGAAAUGCUGGCCAAGAGAGUAGUGAUCUCACCC